GCAGGAACACAACACAUAUGCAAUAGGUUUAUUUGUUGUAUUGUUUUAUUGGAAGAGGUAACUGACCCGAAACGACUCCAGGAGGUUCGUUACUCUUCUCUUUAGUCUGUAGGUGAAUUUUAUUAUUUUAUUUAUUAACAACGACCUCACAAGCCUGGUAAUAAUCUUGGUAGUAAGCUAACAUGAGUGCUAGCUGACAGGCAUGGAUCCGCUGAGUAUAGUCGAGGAUGAAGUGUCUCUGGAGGGUCUGGACGGGAUAACUAUUCCCACCCUGUGGAUACGACUCGAGAAUAGAAAACCCACUUUUCCCCUGAAGCUCGACGAUGGUACAAAAGGGCUUAUCUGGAAGUCACUGAUCAAUAACACCGACCUGAAGUUUUACCAACUCUCACAUGACAGAGAAGAUGUUGUUCUGUAUGACAGGUUUAAAGAAAGUGACUCAGAAACAGCGAGUGAUGCCGCACAGAGGAAAGAUGUCUACCCGGUCCAAAUAGUUCCUGAAAACAAGGAUGGGAUCCAGGGCUCGUGUGCCUUGUUCAAAGAGAGGAGAGACGUCACAAAGCAAGUCCGCUCCAAGUCCGCCACCCCGCUGGUCAGCUUGGAGGAGGCUUUGAAAAGAUAUGGGCGAAAGCUUGUUGUUGUGGCGUCUCAGAGCCUGCGAUUUCGGACCCUGAUUGGUCCAGAGAGCGAUCCUGACUUGAAACUCACCGAUGACUCUUACUGCGUGUUGGAACGAGUGGGCCGAGCGCGCUGGCAGGGGGAGCUGCAGAGAGACCUUCACGGAUCCUCCUUCAAGAUUGAUGCUCGAAAGUUGCACUACAUGAGGAAAUCUCUCGUCAGACACGGACUCAUCAGCAUGCAGUCUCACACCACGCGACUGAAUUCAGGACAGCAGCAACACUCAAUUCUCCUACUGCUCAAACGCUUCCACAUCAACAGGAGGACUAAGUACGACGUCCUGAUGGAGUACGUGUCCAACCAUCUUCAGCAGUCACCCAGCCAGAUCGCCACUUUGAUCGCACUCAGAAAACAACUUAAUGUGAAUGAUUGUACUUUUAAGCGUGUAUUUCAAUACAUGCGGGCUGCAAAGUUGGUGGAGUUUUGCCGUUACCCUCUGGAGGACUUGGAGCCCAGCGGCGGGCCUUGCCUCGACAAAAAAGGAAAUAAAGUGCUUGUGCGCUGUUUGAAGCUCCUUAAGCCAUACACAAAGAAGGGCGUUACUGAUGAUGACGAUGAGGAUGAUGAGGAUGAAGAGGAUGAAACCGGAGCAAGAUUAAGAGCUUUUCCUCCACUCGGGCGAAUCAUGGAGAAAGAUUUCCUGUCACAGGCCUAUCAUCUUGUUUUAUCCUGUGGUACAAAGGGAAUCCCUCAGAGUGGUAUAGGGCUCAGAAUGAACGUCGGAAAGCUGGAAUCUCGUAUGCUCUGCCGAAAGCUGGAGAGGGAUGGUAUGAUCAAGGGUUUCAUGGAGGAUGAGGGUCGGCAGAGGACUACAAAAUUUAUUAGCCACAAGUUUGUUGGUGUGAGUGAUCAACUUCAGCUGGUUGCUAAGGAGCAGGAGCGCAAGAAGCUGCUCUACUCUUCUGCACCACACACAUCCAGUUCCCUUAAAACACAGUCCACCUCGAAGUUGACGGAAAAAGAAAACCUCAGAAGUCCAGCGGCAAAGAAGAUGAAGAAAGCAGGUAGAGGAGGAGUUAAAGAUGAGGAGGAGCCUGUGGAGAGUAAAGAUGAGAGUGUUGAUAGGGCUGAUGAUACGGGUGAGGAGGAGUCGGAUGGAGAUGGAGUUAAAGCAAGAGGAAAGUCGGGAGCAAGAGGAAGAAGAAAGACGGUAGGGAAGAAAAGCAGCGAUACGACAAAAGAGACACAACCUGAAACCUCCAUCGAACAGCCUACACCCGCUGAAUGUGAAACCCCAGCCUGUAGCACAUCAACUGUUACACCUGAUUCAGUGUCCAUUUCAACAGCAGAGAAAGAUCCAGUCGAGGUGGAGGAAAAGUCCAACUCAAAACCAGGCAGCCCUCUCCCUCAGAGUGAGGCGUCAAACGAAGCCGAUAAACCAGCAGAACACAACAUUGUGGUUGUUGAAGAUGUUUACCAGCAGAUGGCGUCCGGGACUAAAAAAUCCAAAAAGUCCAUGGAGAGGUCCCAUGAGACCUACCGCCUCUUAAAGAGGAAGAACCUGAUCGUUGAGGCUGUGCGCAACACUAAAGUCGUAGAGGGUCUUUUCCCGCUUCAGAAGAUGAUCAAUGACGAAGAGAAGCAGGACGGAGUCAGCUCAAAGUGCUGCAAGAAGACUAUUUUACGUCUCGUCCACUGUCUGGCGAGAGAAGGCUUGCUUAAGAUUUAUACGACAGUCGUCAUACAAGACGGGAUCACCAAAAAAGUCGACAUGGUCGUUCAUCCUUCCGUUCAGCCCAGUGAUGACAUAGUGACCCGAGUUAUUGAGCAGGUCCGCUUCAAAAUCUCCAGCUCGUACACGGCUAUACGUUUGCAGGGCGCUGAAGGGAAAGCCAGAGAAGAAGAAAACGAGUCUGAGGAGAUGAGCGGCAACACCUCCAAAUCCCAGAAAAGCAAGGCUGAAAAAAAGAAAGCAUUGAGGAAAGACGAGGAGGAGUUCAGGCCCAUCACAGUUCGUGGUUUGGGGAAGACUUUAGGUUUCCAGCCUAAGAUGCAUCGUCUGCGUGUAAUUCAUAACUUCCUCUGGUAUGUCAUCUAUGGGCACCCGCUCCAACACAACUCCGCAGAAUCUGACGAGUCCAUUCAAACAUCGACUCCGCCAAGCACCUCUGAUCAGUCAGCCACCGACACAGACGCACAAAACUCCAAAAACACGGACAGACAAACUCAGUCGCCUGAAGAUGCCGCCAGCAGCUGUGUGGAUCCGCAAACUGCAGAUUCUGCCACAUGUAAUGUGACAUCAGGUGAGAAAAGGGAGGAGCUGAAGGAUAAACCAUCUGCUCUCUUUAAGUCUAACUUGAAAGUGUAUUCAGAAGAAGAGUCAUGGAAGAAAUUCGUCCCUCCUGUCCGCAUACACAAGGAGUUUGGCAGCGGCUGGGCGAUGGUGGGCGACUUGCUUCUUUGCCUGCCUCUCUCCAUCUUCAUUCAGCUCGUACAGAUCAAUUAUAAGGUCGAUGAACUGGAGGACUAUCUGAACGACCCAGUGAAGCAGCACUAUCUUGUCAGAGCGCUGCCUGCAAGAAUGAAAAGACAGCUGCUUUAUAAACGGAAAUACAUCUUCAUUUUUCAUGAGAACCUGCAGAGGUUGGUCUACAUGGGUCUGCUGCAGCUUGGUCCUGUGGAGAGGUUCAAGGAGAAAGACCAGGUCUUUGUGUUCCUGAGGCGUAAUGCCACAAUCGUUGACACCACCAACGCUGAGCCUCACUACUGGCAGGUCACAGCAUCACCUGACAAAUCAUUUGACAGGCGUCAGUACACAUUCAGCUCUGCCGAAGAUGUAGAAAACUACUGGUUUGACAUGAUGUGUGUCUGCCUCAACACACCACUGGGAGUAAUCCGCAAUAAGAGAAAUGUCACAGAGGAGGAAACAACUCCUUCCUUCGUGCACGAACGCAACGAGUUUUCAGGACUGGCAUACCUGCUCAGGGGCAAUCGGGAAGUGAAUGAUGACGGGGUGAUACCAGGAGACGGUAAAGGAGCAGGAGGUCUGGACUCUGAAUUCUUUGCUCAUCUGAAACGCAACUGGUUGUGGACCAAUCAUCUACUUUCUGUCAAAACGAAACCCACCGGUUCAGAGGCGAAGGAGACCAAAAUCAGACUGAAGAGCCUCCUGAGUAAAAAUGCUCUCAGGUUGGCACUUAAAGCUGGAGGAACAGCUAUACCUCGUUCCCUGACUGCCAAGCGAUCACUGGCCAGACAAGAAACUAUUGAGCUCGCUAUUGAGCCGGCUUCCAGAAACCAGCAAGUGGUCGGAGGAAAGCGACAGAAGAGGAAGAGAAGCAAAAAGGAGGUUGUCAAGGCCCCACGCAAGAAGAAGAAAGAGCCCAAGAAACGCACCCCUGCCCAUGAUGAGGUGGACCACCGAGCUUUGAAGAUGAUGACCAGACAGCGAGUCUACUGGUCUGUGCAGGAAGACUCACUGAUGAUGCUCUGCAGUGUUGCCUCGCAACUGCUCAACAGCCAGUUAAAAAGACCGUUCAUACCUUACUGUGUGGUGAGAGACCUGCUUCACGCGGAGUUCGCGAUAUCGAUGGAUAAAACAUCUGUCGCUGUCGGACGUCGAACACGAUACAUCCUCAAGAAUCCUCAGACGCUUUUGAACUACAGGAUCUGCCUGGCGGAGGUGUAUCAGGACAAAAAUCUUCUGAAACUGUUGGCACAGAACAAACCUGCUGACCCAGACAAACCAGAGGAUUGUGCUAAAGCGUUCUCGGAGUAUGCCAGGCUGCUCAGACUGAAGUUUUGCUCUGUCAUAAGCGCUUCUGAUAUGAUCAUGUCUGACACGAAACAGCAGCUGUUUUCAAGGUUUAAAGUUUGCACAAUAGACAACAGAAAACAGAUGACAACCAAAGAUACUCUGACCUGCACAGAUGACAUUCAUGCGAUAGUGUUACAUAACGUGAUCCAGAGCACUCUGGCUAUGACCAACAGUCAGAUGAAGACCUCCAGAUCUUUUCAGACUUUCCACAUGUACAGUAAGUAUAACCAGGAGCUGCUGUGCCAGGUAUUCAUACAAUGCAGGAAGAGAGGUCUGGUCAACCGCCGUCGUGUCAAUCAGCCGUUCGGGCCCAAGAAGAACAGGUCUCUGCCCAUCCUGCCCAUGUCCUACCAGCUGUCUCAGACUUACUACAGGGGUUUUUCGUGGCGUUUUCCUCACACACUCUGCACCGAUUCCUUCCGCUUCCUGAGGACUCUUCUUAACAACAGCGCAGAAAACGGGACAGAAACCGGCAGGCCUGUCGUCGCUUUCUACCACGAGACCGAAAACAGGACAGCGGACGGGGAGGUAGUGACGGAGAGAAGAAAGCGGAAAGGGGAAUGUAAAGAAAAAGAGAGCGAGAAAAAGAAAGACAACGUACCAGCGAGUGAACCAGAGCUGCAAUCUGAGAAGGGGAGCGGCGACUCUGCAAAGAAAGAAGACGACAGCCAGUGCAAAGUGGAAACAGACAUGGAGCUAGAAUCAAACCAUGAGAAAACUCUUCCCACCGCUGGCUCUGCUGAGGAUUCAUCCAGAUCUGCUGCCUCGAACGCAGAGCCUCGAGGUUCGGAGGAGCCUUUUGAUGUGUCAGAUAUGAUGGCGUUCUCCAUGGAGUCUCCAGGGGCAGCCUGCAUGGUCUCUCUCAGCCUGAUGAGUCUGGGAAUGCUGUCUGUGUACCUGUCCAUACCCAAACAGAUGGUGGUGGUGGACAGCAACCUGGUGGACAACGAUGUAGUUAAGAGUAUGGCAGCACUGGAGGAAGAGGACGAUGAUGACGAUGACGCUGAAGAGUGCGAGGGCAAAAAGAGGCUGGAAGUGAAGGCUCAUCAAGCGUCACACACCAAUUACCUGAUGAUGCGAGGAUACUGUUUUCCUGGCAUCGUUAAAAUACGUAACCUCAACACCACUGAUAACAUCGUCGUGGAGUCCUGUAUCAUAAAGCUGCAGCUGAGAAACACACCUGCUCACCAUGUGUUCAGUAUAGAGAAUUCUCCAACACUGGAUUUGUUUAAAUGUGGUCCAUCUCUGCUGCCCCCCAUCCUCAGCCACUCUGUCCGUUCCUCCUCCACUUUUCCACCCAGUGUGGAGGAGUGUGACCGGCAUCUGGUUGAGCAGAGAAGCUACUCUCCUCAGGACAUUGAAGCAAUUGCUCAGCUGAGGAGGAGCUUUGAUGAAGCUGGUGAGAAAGGACUGGAUGUACACGACUUAUACGAGGUUCACCCACACCUGGAAGAGCUGCAGCAGUAUAUGAAGGACUUACAAGAAGAAGGCCAGGUGUUAAAAGUUGGGAGUCUGGGUGUUCGUUGGGUCCUCAUGCAGCACGCUGACGCUUGGCUUCUGACUGUAAACUCCAAGCAGUGGUCCCAGUCACGCUUAACACCUGGCAAACUUCCCUUUUUGGAGAAUCAGCACAACAUCCCCUUCAUGCGCAAGAGAUGCAGGCGGGAUGUCCAACAGGAGGCAGAGGAACCGCCACCAAAAAAAUCCGCCGUGGACAGACAAGAGGGCGAGCCCAUGCAGGAUGUAGAUGGAUCAUCGAGCAACACAGGAGAAAAACUGAAUGAGCAGGAACAGCUGGAAAAGCAGAAUGAGGGGCAAGAUAAUGAAAGUGGAGACAAAUUGUUGAACUUGGAAGAGAAAGGAGGAGCGCAGAUGCAGCCUGAAGAGGAACAGGAAGGAGUGGAGGAGGCAGGACAGAUGAAAAUUGUACCAGUUGAAGGACAGGAGGAAAAGACGAAUAGAGGCAGAGAGAAUAGUAUAGACGAUGAAAGAGAUGAUGAAGUAGGCUCUCCUACAACAGGACAAGUGGAUCCUAAUGAAGAGGAAAAUUUGAGUUUCAUCAGCCGACCGUGGCGCAUGGUUGAUGGGAAGCUGAACCGGCAGGUGUGUAAAGGCAUGCUGGAGGCCAUUCUUUACCAUAUCAUGUCCCGGCCCGGACUCACACAGCAGACACUGGCGGAACAUUACAAAGAUGUGCUGCAGCCGAUGGCAGUACUGGACCUUGUGCAGGCACUUGUAGACAUGGGCUGUGUGAAGAAGAGAACGCUGGUAAAAGGUCCUAAACCGUCGCUGUUCACCCGCUCGGCGCGACAGAAGAAAAGUGAGACAGACUUGAAGACCGAGGAACCAGAUGCUGUGUUUUAUGAGCCCACCAUCAGCUGCUGUCUGAGGCUCAGUCAGGUGUUACCCAACGAGCGCCAUUGGAACUACUGUAUACAGUGAAAAUAAUUGUGGACAUCCUGAACUGUCCUGGUUCGUCUCUGAUUAAGUUCACUUCUGGUUUUACAGAACAGAGACUUCUUUGUAUAUUUUUUUUUCAGUUGUGGAAGUUUUUUGUCUUAAAUUAAAUGUUUUUUUGUGUG